AUGAUUGCGAGUUAUCUAAAAAUUGAUCGGAGUAUCUCGCGUAAGUCAAGGCAGAUGCUGAUAAACGAUAUCUUGAACACACUGACGUUAUUGCACGUCAAAGAGAGACGAAUUGGCCGACUGAGCGGUGGUGAGAAAAAAAGGUUGAGCAUCGCCUUGGAGCUGAUUGAUAAUCCACUGUUCAUGCUGUUAGCCGAACCGACCACCGGUCUGGAUUCUUCGGUUUCUGUGCAGUGCGUAACCGCGUUGAAAAAACUGGCGCAAACCGGCAGAACAAUAAUCUGCACCAUACAUCAACCCAGCGCAAUGCUUUAUGAGAUGUUCGAUCACAUCUAUCUGGUGGUGGACGGUCACUGCAUGUAUCGCUCGCCACCAGGCGAUACGAUUAACUACUUUGCUCGGCAAGGUCUCCAGUGUCCAAAGUAUCACAAGUCCGCGGACUACAUGCUGGAAGUGGUGUCCAAGGAGUAUGGUAAUUACGACGAACAGUUGAUCGCGACAAGCAAGUUGCUUGAGUCGAAUGACGAGGUAUGUUCGUCGAAAUCGUUACGCAACAUGACCCAGAAGAUAUCUUACGCUGAUGAAGCACAUUCUCAAAAGCCUAAGCGGAAUCUUCCGAUCCGCCGCACAAUGGCAAAUUUUCACGAUCCUGGCCAAAACCUUUCAGAAUUGUGCAAAGACAGGAAAGUAGCUAAAAAUGGUAAGGGUAAGCAACAAAUAAUUUUGACUUAACGUCAAAAGUGAAUUUGUAUAUCAAUUUUUUUAUUUCCAUAGGAAGCACUUCAGUAUACCCACUAAUUUUCUUCACAUAUUCCAGAAAGUAAUAAGUCCGUGCUUCAAAAUUAGUCGAAGGAAAAGAGAAAAUUUCUUUUUCAUCAUUUCCCUUCUUUUUAAAAUUAUAUGAUUAGAUUGCGAAUCUGAAAUAAAUUUGAAUAAAUAAUUUUGACACCCGGUUUUUAUACAAAGCUCUUAUUUCACGCAGUAAUGUUAUAUAUUGUUAAACUUGUCUCGAUGAGUACUUUUCAAAUAUAUAUAUAUCACCUUUAAAAAGUAGACAUAACUUCGUGAAUGUCCUUUAUAAGUUACAAGCUACGCGGACUUCUGUCCUCUUUAAACGUCGUUUACGUAGUUAUUCGCAAAUAUUCGCAGAAUAUGUUUUUAUGUUCUAAUAUUAGAUAAAUAGGGCUAUAAUAUCAUAUGAGCUUAACUGAAUUUCGUUGAAUUGACCACUUUUUCCAUAAGUGAAUAAAAAAUGUCACUAACCUAUGUAGUAACUCUUAUAAACUGAUUCUAAAAAUGUUAAUUUACAGUUUUUCAUAAUUUAUUGGUAUUAAGUAUAUUCUACAAAUCUCCAGAAGCUGAAUUCAUCUUGAGUUAUAUAUUUAAUACCUCAAUAUGAAUACAGAAACUUAUUUCGAAUUUGACGAUUUUAGACUUUUAUGACACAACGCUCAUGUUAGAGGUAGUGUCAACACAAUGUGAUGCUUUAAAGGGAUUAAAAUCAUUGAUUUGUUUUCUCUGUUUAUUCAACUCCAAGCUAGCAAGCAUUUUAACUCUUAAAGUCUACUUUUAUUUUUUAAGUUUUGGCUAGGAUUUAAUUGAAAUUUGCCACUAUGCGCCAAGCUGAC